UUUUUCUCUUUCAACAAAAUCCACACCAGUUUCUAGGAAGUCUUUUGAGAACAGAAGACUAUGCCUUGAAUUCUCUAAGCUAAAUGUAAAGGAUUCCUUAAAAGAACUGUUUAUUCAUAGAUUAAAGAUAAUUCUGAUGCUAUACACAAGGAACAACUUCAACUGUGCUGAACCACUAUUUCAGCAAAAUAAUUCAGUUAAUAUUAAUUUCAACAAACACAGAAAAACAGUCUGGCUUAUUCAUGGAUACAGACCAGUGGGCUCCACACCAUCAUGGCUUCACAAAUUUGUAUGGACUUUACUGAAUAAGGAAGAUGUGAAUCUAAUCGUUGUAGACUGGAACCAGGGUGCUGCAACUUUUAUUUACAACAGAGCAGUUAAAAACACCAGAAAAGUUGCUGAAGUUUUAAGUAGAUACAUUCAGAACCUUUUGGUGCAGGGAGCAUCUCUUGAAAAUUUUCAUUUCAUAGGUAUCAGUUUAGGGGCUCACAUUUGUGGUUUUGUUGGAAAGAUUUUUCAUGGUGAACUAGGAAGAAUAACAGGUCUCGAUCCUGCUGGGCCAAAAUUUUCUGGAAAACCAUCAAACAGCAGAUUAGAUUACACUGAUGCAAAGUUGGUGGACGUCAUCCAUUCUGAUGUUGAUGGUUUAGGUAUUCAAGAGCCAUUGGGACAUAUAGAUUUUUAUCCAAACGGAGGAAAAAACCAACCUGGCUGUCCUACAUCAAUUUUUUCAGGAAUAGAAUAUAUUAAAUGUGACCACCAGAGAGCAGUUUAUUUGUUCAUGGCAGCUUUGCAAACAAACUGCAGUUUUGUUUCAUUUCCUUGUCAUUCAUACAAGGAUUACAAGACUAGUUUAUGUGUGGACUGUGGCAGCUCUCAGAAAAAUUCAUGCCCUAGGCUAGAGUAUUAUACUGAGCACUGGGAACAUAGUUUAAAAACAAGAACUAAAAAAUGGCCUGUUAGGAUCACUACAUUUUUUGACACCAGUGGAAGAUAUCCAUUCUGUGCGUAUUAUUUUGUUCUCAGUAUAACUGCUCUGGAUGAAAGUAUGAAUGAUGGCUAUAUUUCAUUUAAAGUAUUAAACCAGCUCGGAGUGGCUGAAUAUUCAAGAGUCUAUGAGAAAAGCAAACCAUUUCAUAAACUUCAAGAAGUCAAUAUUCUUGCUCAAUUUUUGAAUGAUGUUGUGAAUAUUUCAAGCAUUGUUUUGAGAUAUUUCCAGACUUCAAAUAUCCAGUGUCCCACAAACAAACACAGGAUCCAGCGUCUCAUGUUAAAAUCUCUUACAUAUCCAGAAAGACCACCAGUUUGCAGCUAUAAUUUUGUAAUUAAAGAAUCAGAGGAAUUGUUUCUGAAACCUGUCACAUGCACAGAGAAGAAUAUUUAACUUCUAACAAAUGUAAAUUUUUUCUGAAUCAAAGAAUUUGUAAAUGAGAAUGAUUUAGUCUUUUGGAAUAUAUUAUUCU